ACUUUGGCAGGCGGGUUCUCUCGUCUAAAACCUUUGCAUAAAACCCCCUCUCUGGCCCGCCCUUCCGGCGGCGGCGCCCCUGGUGUUAGAAUGCCCUUCCGAUGAGAAGCCUGGAGACCAUCGGCCCGCUCCUCACCCGCUACGCCGCCACUCAGUCUCUGCUCCAGGGUGCCCACAUCCACGCCCACCUCCUCAAGUCCGGCCUCUUCGCCGUGUUCCGCAACCACCUCCUCUCUUUCUACUCCAAGUGCCGCCUACCCGGCAGCGCCCGCAGGGUGUUCGACGAAAUCCCCGACCCUUGCCACGUCUCCUGGUCCUCGCUCGUCACCGCAUACUCCAACAAUGCCAUGCCCCGGGACGCGCUCGGGGCCUUUCGUUCCAUGCGAUCUUGCAGCGUCCGCUGCAACGAGUUCGUGCUCCCCGUCGUACUCAAGUGCGCGCCAGACGCCGGGUUCGGCACCCAGUUGCACGCCUUGGCGAUGGCUACAGGGCUCGGUGGCGACAUCUUUGUUGCCAACGCGCUCGUUGCCAUGUAUGGGGGGUUUGGCUUCGUGGACGAGGCUAGGAUGGUGUUCGACGAGGCCGGCUGCGAGCGGAACACCGUUUCUUGGAAUGGCCUUAUGUCGGCGUACGUCAAGAAUGACCGGUGCAGCCAUGCUGUCAAGGUGUUUGGUGAGAUGGUGUGGGGUGGGGUACAGCCGAAUGAGUUUGGAUUCUCUUGCGUCGUGAAUGCCUGCACGGGCUCAAGGGAUUUGGAAGCCGGCAGGAAGGUGCAUGCCAUGGUGAUACGGACGGGGUAUGACAAGGACGUCUUCACGGCCAACGCGUUGGUCGACAUGUACUCAAAGCUGGGGGACAUUCGUAUGGCAGCUGUGGUUUUUGGGAAGGUGCCUGAGACGGAUGUUGUCUCAUGGAACGCUUUCAUUUCUGGGUGUGUGCUUCAUGGACAUGACCAGCAUGCACUAGAGUUGUUGCUGCAGAUGAAGUCUUCAGGGCUGGUGCCUAAUGUGUUUACGUUGUCCAGCAUCCUGAAGGCCUGUGCUGGUUCCGGCGCAUUCAAUCUGGGCCGGCAAAUUCAUGGGUUCAUGGUUAAAGCCAAUGCAGAUUCAGAUAACUAUAUCGCUUUUGGUCUUGUGGAUAUGUAUGCAAAGCAUGGUCUUCUAGAUGACGCGAAAAAGGUGUUCGACUGGAUCCCUCAGAGGGAUUUGGUUUUAUGGAAUGCACUGAUAUCAGGUUGCUCUCAUGGAGCACAACAUGCCGAAGCGCUCUCGCUCUUUUGCAGGAUGAGAAAGGAAGGCUUUGACGUCAAUAGGACUACACUGGCCGCUGUUCUCAAGUCAACAGCGAGUUUGGAGGCAAUCAGUGACACAAGACAGGUUCAUGCCCUUGCAGAGAAGUUAGGGUUCCUGUCUGACUCUCAUGUCGUCAAUGGUCUUAUUGAUUCAUACUGGAAGUGUGACUGCCUCAAUUAUGCAUAUAGAGUGUUUGAAAAACAUGGUUCUUAUGACAUCAUAGCUUUUACAUCCAUGAUCACUGCACUCUCACAAUGUGACCAUGGCGAGGAUGCAAUAAAGUUGUUCAUGGAAAUGCUAAGAAAGGGUCUUGAUCCAGAUCCAUUUGUGCUGAGUAGUCUCUUGAAUGCUUGUGCUAGCCUUUCAGCAUAUGAGCAAGGGAAGCAAGUGCAUGCUCAUCUGAUCAAAAGGCAGUUCAUGUCAGAUGUGUUUGCAGGGAAUGCCCUUGUGUACACAUAUGCAAAGUGCGGGAGCAUUGAGGAUGCAGAUCUAGCCUUCUCCGGCCUGCCAGAGAAGGGAGUUGUCUCAUGGUCUGCGAUGAUUGGAGGUCUGGCACAACAUGGGCAUGGGAAGAGAGCAUUAGAUGUGUUCCACAGGAUGGUUGAUGAGCAUAUUUCUCCAAACCAUAUCACCAUGACUAGUGUUCUGUGUGCUUGUAACCACGCAGGGCUUGUUGAUGAGGCCAAGCGAUACUUCAAUUCAAUGAAGGAAAUGUUUGGAAUUGAGAGGACGGAGGAGCAUUACGCAUGCAUGAUUGAUCUUCUUGGCCGUGCUGGUAAACUAGAUGAUGCAAUGGAGCUUGUCAACAGCAUGCCGUUCCAAACCAAUGCCGCAGUUUGGGGGGCACUACUAGCAGCCUCAAGAGUACACCGAGAUCCAGAACUGGGAAGGCUGGCAGCUGAAAAGCUCUUCAUCCUGGAGCCAGAGAAGUCUGGCACACAUGUGUUGCUUGCAAACACAUAUGCAUCUGCAGGCAUGUGGGAUGAUGUGGCUAAGGUGAGAAAACUGAUGAAAGACAGUAAAGUCAAGAAGGAGCCUGCUAUGAGCUGGGUUGAGUUGAAGGACAAGGUGCAUACUUUCAUUGUCGGUGACAAGAGCCACCCAAGGGCAAGGGACAUAUAUGCAAAGCUAGAUGAGUUAGGAGAUUUAAUGACCAAAGCUGGUUAUGUUCCGAAUGUAGAGGUUGAUCUCCAUGAUGUAGACAAGAACGAAAAGGAGUUGCUUCUUUCUCACCACAGCGAAAGGCUGGCUGUCGCAUUUGCAUUAAUAAGCACCCCAGCUGGAGCACCUAUUAGGGUCAAGAAGAACCUGCGCAUAUGCAGAGAUUGCCAUGCUGCAUUCAAGUUCAUUUCAGAUAUUGUUUCAAGGGAGAUUAUCAUCAGAGACAUCAACCGGUUCCAUCAUUUCAGAGAUGGGGCUUGUUCUUGCAGGGAUUACUGGUAAAGUUGUUAUGGACAAAGCAGUUACAUACCCUCAGGGAGCCGGGAGGUUUCCAGUUUACAACAUUUAGCUUAAUGUUGUAACACCUUUUUUUAGAUGCCUGCAUCAGUGCUGCAGUAAAGCCAUGAUUGCUACAAUUGCUUCUGCAGCAAGAUGCGCUGCACUAAGCCAGAAAAGUUCAUGAAUUGGGUCCGUAUAGUUCUUGAGUUUUAACAUAGGUACAUUCCUCGUGUACAUCAUGAUUCAAACAUUCUUAUUCGUUAUCGUUCUAGGAUACGGCAAAAUAAACUACUAAUGGCUUGGCUUCUGGGUUUGAUUAUACGGGGAAUAUGAUUAUCAUUUUCUGUUUA